UUUGGUAUAUUAAUAAUUUAAUCUUAGACAUUCUUUUAUUUUUAGAAUGAAUGCUCGACUUUGGCUGCUGAAGGAAGGAAGCAGCAGCAAUGACACAAUAAAACACAGUAGAAUAUAAACAAAUACAAAACAAAGUGAUGGCAAGGAAGGUUGCAGUGCAUAACCAACCUCUCGGUAGCUGAAAUAGCAUUCUUAGGUAUACAUGAUGAAAAGGGGAACAGUUUGACUUCCUGUAAAUAUAAAAAACAGAAACACUUUUUUUGCACAUCAGAGGUUUACUUCUAAGAAUGCAAACAGCUGUCACAGUUUCAUUCUAGUCAUCGGCGGCCGGGGAGGCAACACCAAAGUCAACAUGAAAUGCCAUUUCAAUGGAACCCUGCUGAUCAAUGUCCUGCCGCCUCUGCUGUUCACCGAGUUUAUCUUUGGAGUCCUCGGGAAUGGUUUGGCUCUCUGGAUCUUCUGCUUCCACAUCAGGCCGUGGAAGAGCUGCACGGUGUUACUCUUCAACCUGUCAAUAGCGGAUUUUCUGCUCAACGUGGCCUUGCCUUUCCGCGCCAUCUACUACAUGUCCAACAUCGUUUGGACGUUUGGGGACGCUCUGUGCAACAUCUGCCUCUUCGUCUUGGCAUUGAACCGCAGUGUAAGUACCAUCUUCUUGAUGGCUAUCGCCCUGGACAGGUACAUGCGCGUGGUGCAUCCCCAUCAUCGCAUCAACUCCCUGAGUGUCUCCAAAGCCAUGUGUGGAGCCCUUGCCGUAUGGGUGCUCACCAUCUCAAUGACGGUUCAUGUCUUCAAUCUGGAACACAACAACACAACCCACUGCGAGAGCUUCUGGGUUGAUACUGAAAUGCGACAUAAUCUAAACUGGCACAAGUUUGAGUUUCUCUUUUCCUUCUACGUGCCUCUGAUUGUGGUUCUCUACUGUACGUUCCACAUUAGUAGCCAUCUGAGCAGGAGGCAGUUGGCCCAGCAGGCAAAGAUUAAAAAGGCUCUUUGGUUGACCAUUUUGGUGAUGGUGCUCUUCGUCGUUCUCUUCCUCCCAAGCAACAUCACACAGCUGCUGAUUUGGAUAAGGACGGCGCAAUUAGUCAGCAAACUCCCAGAAUCUGAAGCGUGCCGUGCUCUGGAAGACCUCACCAUCUGGUUUUUCCUCACCAUUAGCCUGACCUAUCUCAACAGCAUGUUGGAUCCUGUCGUUUACUACUUCUCCAGCCCCAUCUUCAAGAAUGUCUGCAGGAAAAUCUUCCAUCUGCGCCAAGAAGACACUGCUGAAAGUACAGAGAAGAAAACCAGAGAAACUGGCUCCCAGUCGCUCAGCCAGCUUUGAUCCCACAAUCAUGGAAAGCUUGAAAAUGGAUGCAGCUCUGUAGUAGAAGAAUUGUUGUGUGUUAAGUGUUAAGCUUUAGACAAAAUGCUAUUUUUGAUUCUCAUAUACAGGUGUUAUCAAGUAUUGUAUUCGCUACUACAAAACAGUGUAAAAUAAAUAAUGCAUGUACUUAAUAUUUUGUCAUUCUUUUUCUUCAUCUUUUAAUCCUGUUAAACAGUAUUCAUAAUCAUGGAAAAACACAUCUUGACUGCAAUAAUAAAACGUACCUUAUAGGGCAAUCUACAGUCUGAUCCUUGUUAUACCAAGUCAUAUAAUUAUAUAUAGUGAUUGAGUGAAAAGCACAACACGCAGCUCUGUUUUGAUUACAAGCAUAACUUCAGCAUCUGCCGACGUGUGAUAUCCAUGCUGGAUACAGAAACAGACUUCAAACUAUUACAUGCAGAUAAUAAACUUAAAUAACAGAUUCACAGAAACUUACCAUCAACAAUAAAAAAUAGCUUUUAAAAAUGUGACUCAAUAACAUAUUAACUCUCAAACUGUUGCUAUCUGUGUGCAAUCAAUCACACCGUUAACAAAUAAGCGGACUAAGCAAAUUCCAUACAAAAUGCAGAGCUCUGCAUCCUGUUCUAACCUUUGCAUUUUCUACUCACUCUUGAUGUCUUCAACCUUCAGCUAAAGAAUGUUCAACUUCUGAUCUAAAUCUCCAGUUUUUGUUUGCCCACAGGUGUGAAAAAACAACACGAAACAGAACAAAGUGUGUGAGUUGCAAGGAACAGCACAAAGGAAGCGUCUCAGUGUGGUUGCAUGCUUCCUCACCCAAAAUAUCUAGUGAGUA